UGUAAAACCCCUGAGACGACGUCUUAACCCCUUGAACUCGCCGCGGAUUCCGCCCUACCCGUCGCCGUUUUCCCCUCUUUCGCAGCAACCGGAAGUUGAUCGGUGUCGCGCGUGAUGAAGGUGAAGAAGCAAAAGCGGCACCGGCGAGCCUUGCGUUUCUUCACCGCGUGUUUCGGAUUCCGGCAGCCGUACAAGGUUUUCUGCGACGGCACGUUCAUCCACCAUCUCAUCGCGAAUCGCGUCGUUCCGGCCGACACGGCCAUCUCCACUGUCCUCAGCGGCCCUGUGAAGCUCUUCACUUCCAGAUGCGUUGUUGAGGAGCUUAAGCGGCUCGGCCCUUCUUAUUCUGAAUCCCUCGAGGCUGCUCAGAAGCUCAUGACUGCAAGGUGCGAUCACGAGGGGAAGAAGAGUGCAGAAGCUUGCCUAAUAGACAUAGUUGGGGAAAAUAACCCAGAGCAUUUCUUUGUUGCUACCCAGGAUGCUGAUUUGCGGAAGAAGUUCCAGGAGGUACCAGGUGUCCCUCUGGUUUAUGGUCUGAGAAAUGCACUCUUCCUUGAGCAGCCAUCAACAUUUCAGCAUGAGUUUGCCAAAAGUUCUGAAGCACGUCGCUCUAAGUUGUCAGAUCAAGAGCGCGAGGCUUUAAUAAAGGAGACUGGUCACAUCUUGGAAACUGCAGAAGUAGCUUCUGCAGAUGAACUUGAAGGUCCAAAGCAUGACGUCCGGAAAAAAGGAUUAAAUGUCAAAGAUAGACCUCAAUUUAAGAGAAAGAGAGCCAAGGGGCCAAACCCGCUGUCAUGCCUGAAAAAGAAAAACAUAAACCAAGCGGCUUCUGUGAGCAAGGGGAGUCACGCUGCUGAUAGUUCUGAGGUGAAUAGAAGCAGAAGUAGAAAGAGACCAGAGAAAAAAGACGAGAGGCGGAAGUGGCUGUGGUGAUCUCUUAUUAGCUGUCUCAACGAACCUCAAAUUUUUUCGACUCGAAACAUAUUCGGUAAUGAUUCAGCUUCCAGGACACAAGACGAUGCUCUUUAAGCCCUUUGACCGCUCUCUGUCCAAGAAUGCAGAUAAUGCCAUCUUCAGGAGUUGCAUACAGUUGGGGGACUAAUCAGAGGUUCCUCUGUUGGGGCUGGACAAAAUAGUCAGCCGAGUCGAUUUUGGUAUCUGUUAUGGAACUCCUACAGCGUAAAAGCUUUCUGUAACUAGGCUUAAUCUGGCGGCGCCAUCCGUUACUCGUCACGUAGUUGUUGUAGUCAGUAACAAUGUAACAUGAUCUCCGAAACUGUUGUGAUGUAGACUCUCUCUGUGUCCCCCUUUCUAUUGUGUACGGGAACCAUUAUGGUACAAGGAAAGUGAAGUUACAAGCAAUGUUAGUUCGAUAGCAUAAGAUUGAUGUACUCCCGCAACUCUAAUUACCCCGUUAGCUAUCGUUGAUGAUGAGAAGAUGGGUAAUGAAAUGAACAUCAUUUACCCUAAGCUACACCAUCUUGAACUGUAUAACAUGCUUUCCUCGCGGCGUCGGUCAUUUCUCCAAACGUAAAAGUGUGUAAAUUGGGAAUUGAUCCUUGUGUAAGAUUGCAAACAAAACAACCUAGCCGAUCUGCAAGUCUGCAACUCUCCAUGUAGACAGCCGCCGGCAUUGAACUCAAGUACAUGUCUUUCUCCGAAGUUGCAGCGAACAGAGUCAUAUGAUGAUGGCUACAUAUGACUGAAGGGAGUCUCAACAUACCACAUAAUAAAUACUGCGAUAUCUAGUCACCUUUUCUUUCUCGUGUUUCGAUUUUGGGUUGCUACAAAAAAACGUUUCAGCGUGUUCUUAUUCCCGUUUUUCCAUUUUCCGCGCGGGUAUUUGCUCGCGGGUUACCUAAAGACUAAAGAGCAAAGACCAAGCCCUCUUCGUUGCGGGCUCUUGUCGACGGCGGCGGCGGCCAAGGGAAUCCUAGUUCCAGGGUUUAGGAGAGAGUGCAAAGUGAUAGUAGGGAAGAUGGAGAAGGGAGAGGAUAAGCAUGAAGAAGAGCAGGAUCAGGUGGUGAAUCCAUGGGAGGUAACAGCUAAAGAUGGAGGAAAGAUCGACUAUGAUAAGCUUAUAGACAAAUUUGGUUGCCAAAGGCUUGAAGAGCCAUUAGUGGACCGUGUCCAACGACUAACUGGCAGACCUCCUCAUGUCUUCCUCCGCCGUGGAGUUUUCUUCGCCCAUAGGGAUUUCGAUGAGAUUCUGAAUGCAUAUGAGAAAGGGAAAAAGUUCUACCUCUAUACUGGAAGAGGCCCAUCCUCUGAAGCUUUGCAUCUUGGUCAUCUUGUACCCUUUAUGUUUACCAAGUAUUUGCAAGAUGCCUUCAAGGUGCCACUUGUUAUUCAACUUACUGAUGAUGAGAAAUGCAUGUGGAAAAACCUCUCAGUUGAGGAGUGCCAGAGACUUGCCCGUGAAAAUGCCAAAGACAUUAUUGCAUGUGGCUUUGACAUCACAAAGACAUUCAUCUUUUCAGACUUUGAUUAUGUUGGCGGCAACAGAUCCUUUUACAAGAACAUGGUGAGAAUUGCGAAGUGUGUCACAUACAAUAAGGUUGUUGGCAUAUUUGGUUUCAGUGGUGAAGAUCACAUUGGAAAAGUUGGUUUUCCACCUAUUCAGGCAGCACCAUCAUUUCCUAGUUCAUUCCCGCACUUGUUCUCUGGGAAAGAUGAUCUCCGUUGCUUGAUUCCUUGUGCAAUUGAUCAGGAUCCAUAUUUCAGAAUGACCCGAGAUGUUGCACCAAGGCUAGGAUAUCAUAAACCUUCUCUUAUUGAGUCGUCUUUUUUCCCAGCCCUGCAGGGUGAAACAGGAAAAAUGUCUGCCAGUGAUCCAAAUUCUGCUAUAUAUGUGACAGAUUCGGCCAAGGUCAUUAAAAACAAGAUCAAUAAGUAUGCAUUUUCUGGUGGGCAAGAUUCCGUAGAGAAGCACAGAGAACUUGGUGCAAAUCUUGAGGUGGACAUACCAGUAAAGUACCUGAGUUUCUUCUUGGAAGAUGAUGCCGAGCUGGAGCACAUUAAGACAGAAUAUGGCGCUGGACGGAUGUUGACUGGCGAGGUGAAGAAGCGGCUUGCUGAUGUUCUGACAGAGGUGGUAGAUAGACAUCGUGCAGCACGAGCUGCUGUCACAGAAGAAAUGGUGGAUGCUUUCAUGGCUGUGAGACCACUUCCCAAUAUGUUCGACUGAAGAUGGAGGAGGUGAAAAACUCUGCCCUCCCACCUGAUCAAGUUCUCCCAUCAGAAGGAAUGAGCUUUUUCUCUCCCCUUUUGUUAGAAACCAGAGGAGUUACUUUCCCUAUUCAAAGACUAGAGAUUCAAAGCAGGAAGCUUUCUUUAUCAGUUAUGGAACUUUGUACUGCUGAUGCUGAACAUUCAUUGCAGUCCUCUCCGUAGAGAAAAGAACCGGUCUGCCCCGAGAGCUGGCCGGUUAUGACUCAAGAACAGGUUGGAAACCAGGCCCACUGAUGUGAAUUUUCCUGUUUGCCGCCAUGCAGAUGGGAAUUCGUGCCUUACAAUCAAACAUCAAAUGAGCGAAAAGAGGCGAAUGAAUCUGCGAUGAUUGAGAUUGUUCAUUCGUCAGGAAUUUGCGUUACAAAAAAAAUUAAAAUCCGAGUUAAAACGAAAAAGAUAUUAGUCAAUUAAG